UACCCGUUUUUACUAGACAAGAUUGCAGUCACUGCACCAGCAUCAAAGUGUAACCCCGUUACUAUUUUUCAAUCAAUAACUGACCCAAAACAUAGCAUUUCCAUCUGCGGUUGUCUUGUGGGUUAUGAGAUACCAGAAUUCCAGAACGAAAGAAAAGUGGGUCUGUUUUCAGCUGACCUUUAUACUUGAAUACCCAUCCAGUCAAUAGUUCGUAUAAUGAGACCAGUGUAAAAUUACCGCAUGCGCAGACCGCGCGCUCGAAUUUUACUGCCAUAUUGCCACAAUAAAUCGUUUUAUGGUAUGCGAAAAUUGGCGUAUUUUUAUCUAAUUGGAUAUUUUAUGGUGCGGUAAUGGUCAAUAUUGAGUUGUAGACGUCUGUCCAACCUGAUUGGGAGUGUUUUUUUGGCGUAACAAGGGAAAGGAAACGUUAAAUCUUUGAUAUAUUGUCGUACAAAUUUGUGGUUUGUUUAUGUUUAUCUGUCUCUGGUGAUCACUCUUUUCUCGAUAUUAACCGGUAACCAAAGGAAACUACGUUCAAAAGAUUCCGUGACAAGUUUCUUUUAAAUGAAAUUUUUUAACCUGUAACAUAUAUCUAGAAAAGUAUUAGAAAAUUAGUUGAAUAUUUAAGCAAAAGUAACCUGAAUGAACCAGUGUAAAGUCUGCCAUAAAUGUUUGUCAACUCCUGCUGGUUUGAUGGUACAUUACCGUGUUCAUACUGGUGAACGACCAUACAAGUGCAGCAUCUGUGGUAAAACCUUUCGCCAAAAAAGCCAUUUAAAAAAGCAUUGUUAUAGCCUGCAUGGUGAUCAAAGUUCUGAAAGUUGUAGGAAUGUUGUGAAUUCUGUGAAAGAGGACGCUGACAAACAAGUGGUUGAAAUGGAUGAAAAGACUUUCCACAAGUGUGAGAUUUGUGAUGACACUUUUCCUACUGUCGCAAAGAUGCAUAAUCAUCUUCGAUGGCACAAUAUGAGAAAGCGGUAUAAGUGUAAUGUCUGUGGGAAAUGUUUUAGGAAUCCUGUUGCAUUCAAAAAACAUAAACAACAUCAUGAGAAGAAAGUAUAUGAAAACAAUUUGCAACCAUGUGAUAAUGAUCAGCAAACAGAAGUUUGUAAUACCUUGCAACAUUGUGAUGAUGCUUUGCAACAAUCCAAUACUGCCCUGCUGCCAUGUGAUAACUUAGUGCAACCUUGUGGGGACAAUUUGCAACAAUUUGAUGACACUUUGCAAACAGGUGAACACUCUGGGCAACAACCCGAAAGCAUGGUUGAUGUCAAACAGCAAGUCCCAGUGAAAAUUAAAGAAGAAAAUAAAAAGGCAGUAAAAGAACCACACUUCUGUGUCAUAUGUAAGAGAGAAUUCACCUGUCAUUUGACCUAUAAACGCCAUGUAAAUGAAUAUCAUCACAGGGGAAUGCAAAGAACUAAAAAGAACAACAGCAUUGAAGAAAACACUUCCUCAACUCAGGAUAAUAAAAAAGAUGCUUGCUCCAAAGGUUCCAAGACCAAGAAUUACACAUGUUUGAUAUGCCACAAAAACUUUGCCAGUGCAAGCUCUCAUGCUGUGCAUCUUCAAAGAAUUCAUCCAUCAAAAAUUUACAAGUGCGACGUUUGCGUGAAAGCUUAUGGAGUGUUGCAUGACUUACGAUAUCACUACAAAAAUUCCCAUAACGUGGACUUGCCCUACGGGUGUGAUAUUUGCGGGAAGCACUUUCGGUACAGAAACAAAUUAAAUGAGCAUUAUGCAGUCCAUGAGACGGAAAAAGGAGAAAAGUUACGAAUGGAGAAACCGAAGGCGAAUAAAAAAAAAUUGAAACGGCAGCAGAAGCGUGACCCUCCUAACGAUAGCCAAAGCAGUACGGGUUCAACUGAAACAGUUUCCGGGAAACCAUGGGAAUGCAAUAUUUGCGGGAGGAGAUUUCAAUUCCCAUCGCGUUUGAACGUACAUAUGAGUCUUCAUGAGCAGCGGAAGCCUACCUCGCCCAAUUCCGAAUGGCCAUACCAAUGCAAUAUUUGCGAAAGUCUUUAUCGAUACCCAUCACGCCUCCGUGGACACUACCAGGCCAAGCAUCAACUUAAUGUGCCAUCCCCACAGCCGUAUUGGCGCAAGAUCAAGGGCAAGGUGAAAAUAAACAAAUGUGAUAUUUGUAGCUGUACGUUCCCAUUUAAAUGGCUUUUGAAGAACCAUCAGUUAACACAUAAGAAUAAAGCAAACCCAAGAAGGCCUUCUAAAAGAACUGCCAGAAAAGGUGGACCGAACACGUGCGAUGUUUGUCAAAAGGCAUUUAGAUUUCCAUCACAGCUACGUGCACAUUAUGUCACACAUAAAAGGAAGGGGCAAGGUGAAACCUCCGGAGGGGCAGACCGGGAACCCACGACCAGUACCGAAAUGACGUUGUCCGGAAAAGAACCCCCUUUUAAACCUUAUUCGUGUAAUAUCUGCCACAGAAGCUUUUCGAAAACGAAGGAUUUGAAGCAACACUGCCAGGCGCAACACGAAAUGAACAGACCUUUCCAAUGUGGGGGCUGUGCGUACUCGUUUGAUAGAGUAACGGAUUAUAAGACUCAUUGGAACACGUUUCAUGCUAAAAAGGUCGAAAAACUUGGCUGGUUUAGUCCGCAAGAAAGUGCUUCAGAUCGUGAAGUAUUCGCCGAAAUGAAGUCGCAACAGACUGAAGGAGCCGGGCAAAAGCCCGAAGCUUCAGUUACUGAUAAGACUUCAGAAAACAGUUCCGACAAACGUGGGCUCGAGGGUUUGAGUGAGGUAACGAGAUCUGCCGGCAAAUCAGCCUCGAAAGGGGACCACGCUUGCCACAUAUGUGGGGCGUGCUUCGGCUCGUACGGCAGCCUAACAAUGCAUUUGGACAUCCAUUUUGAUCGAAGGCCAUACUCGUGUCGCUUUUGUCCCAGCAAGUUUCGGCAACCUGGUCAUUUGAUGUCGCAUUGCAUAAACGUACACGAGCAAGCAUUUCCAUACUGCUGCGAUCUUUGCAAGAUGCAAUUUAAAGGAUUAGGUAAGAUGAGAAGACACAAGGAAGAUGUUCACGGUAUAUCCAGAGCUCUGGUAGAACACCAGGAAGCCCUAGAACACGAUGGACCUGAACAAAGUUGCACUGAUUUCGAACAGGGCCACGUCACGAAAGUCGUGAAUUCCAAACAAACUGGAUACGCUUGCAAUUUUUGCGGUUCGUCAGCAAGGACAUUUAAGUCUCUCUCCGGUUUGCGAAGGCAUAUUACCGUCGUUCAUAAGCCAAGUGCUAGGCAAGCUGUCUACGAAGAUGAUCAACCCCGGGGCAGUACUGUCACCUUUGAUCUACAGGGCAUGGUGACAGUGGCACGUGACGGGAAACCAAUCAAGAUAACCAUCUCCGAAGAAAUAUUCAAGUGCAAUGUCUGUUCUGUAAUCGUCCAUGGCGCGGAUGCUUUAGAGACGCACGAGCUUGCGCACGUGAAAGCCAAGAGUCCAAAUUCCAUUUCACCUAUAACCUCCAUGGCACCACCGCCCCCCACACCAAUUCUGCCACGUAAAUUCGAGUGUAAAUUCUGCGGACAGGAGUUCGACUCGUCUUUACGCGAGGCGUUCGACAAGCAUCAGUUGGAACACGAAUUUGCGGCCGAAGAACCAAUAGGAACGGCGUAUAUAUGUGUGGAAUGUGACAAAGAAUUCACGAUGGCCAAUGAUUUGGUAAAACAUUAUGAAGAAACCCAUUGAUAUGAGAACCGCGGACAUAUCCAGUCCGGGAAAACGACUUUUAGUUUUAGACAAUCAUUCGAGUAUAAUAUUUUCAACAAUUAAUCGUUGGAAAUAUUAUACCCGAAUACUCUUUUAAUAGUAUACCUAGUAACACUUCAGUAAUACCCCAAAAAUGAAUGUUCAAAAUGGCCGACAAAUUGACCUUCUGUUUCCACCACUCCUCCAGACAAAUCAAACUAACUGAUUCGGAGUAUUUUUGUUAUUCAUUUUUGAGCAAGCUACAGGUGUAAUAUUCCUGCCUACAAAUUGUUUUCUUCCUGCUAAAAGUUCAGAGUUCGAGGUUUCUACCUCUCUUAUUCAGGUACUAUGUGUUUUAAAAAAAAACGUCGUUCCAUAAAUGUAAUAGUAAAUUUACUACAAUGUUAUAAGUUGUAAGUUACAAGUGAGAUUAGCUAUGCUGAGCUCCAGCUCUGCUGAAUGGUUUUCUAAGUUCAAAAUUUACUUUUUACGAGGGAUGGUUUAUGUAUGCCUGCCAUCUUGGUUGGUUCUUCAAAGCAUAAAUGUACCACUGCAUGAUGUACACAAAUGGUAUUUCGCAUCCCGCCAUGCACCCAAUAAAUAAUACGCAAUAAAGAACAUAAGCAGUUACGAAAUAAACAAGGAAAAAGUGAAUCGACGUGUUUUACUUGAAAAUUUCAAGUAAACUUUGUAGAAUCAACCAGGAUGGUGACUGAUAAAAAAUAGCUAGAAAAUACCCGCUUUCCAACGCCAACUACCAACACCAGAACUCAGUUCCAAGAUUCAGUUGUCCGAUUUGUCAAUAAACAGGCGAUUAUAAAACUUCUCUUUAAAAUGCAGAGUAGUUUGAAUUCAAAAAUAUUUCUAUGAGUAGGAUAAGGAAAGGGUUCUGUGUGUGUUUGCGGUGGACGAAUAAAUGUUACUUGAACGUUCUUUAAAUGCAUUCAUUGUUAAUAACGUUAUAAAACAUUGAAUUGAUAGGAAUAAAAAGGUAGUUAAAAUAUAGUAUCUAGUUGUUUUGCUGUUACAGCGAGAAACUCAGUGGCGGGAGCUAAGCAUCAUUUGCUAUGCUUCCCGUAUGGAUAACUUGCAGGGACAAAGAAAGAUGUCCAUGGGAUUAUAUUUUAUACGGCUAUAUAUAUGUGGUUGAACUAACGUGGUGACAAUAUUUCC